UAAUGCACACACACACACACAGAGCGGGGAGAAUACUGUGAGAGCUCAGCCAGGGGGUUAGAACCCAGACAGCAGUGGCUGUAGAGCGUUCAGAUCCCUGGGUUUGGUUAUAGCAUCCUAGCACAGGACACAUGAUCUUAGUGUAUUGUCACAUUGCUCCCGGUAACACAGAGGAAAGCUGUAUCCUUACUCCUUAUACAUCACAUUGCUGGAUCCCCUAUAUAGCAGCUAAGAUCUAUCUAAGAUCCAGAUUUGCAGAGCAGGCUGCACCGCAUCACACUCUCUCCGUGCCAGAGCAUUGCACUGUAUGCCAGCCCUGAUGGGGUACCCGACUGGCAGAGAAUGUACCAUGGUCUGACAGAUACGCUGGCCAUUUUCAGGGCUUUUGCGCUCCAAGAAUUUGCAGAGUGACCGUUGAAGGGUUACAGUCUGUCGCCCACACCUGUGGUUCUUCCAAGAGGUUGUUGAUCUCUCGCCCCGAUUUACACCCUGCAGGGAGACUUCAAGAAGAGCAAGAGAAGCGGGCUGGCAUCUCAGGUGCCCAUCAUCUGUUCCUGGGAACGAGAGAUGCCCUCUGCCCUAAGGGUGUACCCACGAUAACAUGGACAUACUGCGAGCCUGGCACCUCUGGUUGGGGCUCAUCUGCUUCCAGUUAGUUACCGGUGAGGAACCCCAAUCAGAAGGACUCUCGUCCACCUCACUGCUGGACCUGCCCUCAUCAUUAUCACACCUGGAGAGCUUGGAUUCUACAGAACACGGCAGCGACGGGUUCCCAGGCCCUGACUUCCAGCAUGGCCUGCUCAACACACCCCAGGGCUCUGGCUUUUCGAGCCAGGAGACAGAGGAAAUCUCCAUCUUUCAGUCACCCAAAUAUUUUUGGGAAGACGACGCAAAGACCAUGAACAGGAGCAAUGAGGACCAAAGUGGGAUGCGGACAGAUGGCCCAGAGACUACAAGCACCUACGGAGCCACCAAAGAGGAAGUGACAAACAGUAGUAGUCCCCCUAAUGGAAUUCCAGAAAUGUCUACAGCAUGGUGGCCUACAGACGCUGACCAGCCCCCCAGACAGAUCUCCCCAGCCAUUAAUGUCCUAUUGGAGGAAGCUGCAGUGCAGCCAACGCCGCAGAACGAGAGGACUGCGAAAUCUCCUGAUACAGAGGAGAGGACAGUUUCCAAAAUUGUCUCUGCUUCCUCCACCCAUCCUACCACCAAGCCACCCAGGAAGAACAGGAAGCACCCAUUUUCCAGGAGCCGUCACGUUAAUCAUGAACAGGGGACGGAACAUUGGCCCAGACCGCCUGCAGAUUCAAGGGGACUUCCUGCAGCAAAUACCCCUGGGGGAUACAAGAACAAUGAAGAUGAAAGCUCCUCAACCCAGUCAUUGUUUAUUGCCAAAGACAAGAAGAUUCAUAUUCCACAGCUGUUCUCCACCCAGCGAGAUGAAGACCCAACAAAGUCCUCAGUGCCCACGGAGCUAUCGCUGGGCUCAGAGCAGGAAGAAUUCCGAUGGCAGAAGGGGCAGCAGCUGCUGACACUGUUAGAGGGUGCGCUGUCUUGGAAAUCGGAGCCACCCCAGAGGGAAUGGACGGUUUUCCUGAGUAAACCUGAAGAUAAUGUUAACCACCUACUGAUGACAGUCACAGAGGAGGAACGCGUGCUUCCUGUUACAGACGUGUUCUCUGCACUCGCCGACAUAAAGCGUAGUCUGGCGGAGAUCGGGAUUGAAAGCUAUUCCAGCGUGGGCAAUUGCCUGUCCCUCCCCAGCCCGCCGCGGAGCGAUUACGGCAAACUCUUUAUCGUCUUGGUCAUUAUUGGUGCCAUUUGCGUUAUGAUCAUCGUUGCAGGGCUCAUUUACAUAUGCUGGCAGAGGCGUUUGCCCAAAUUGAAGAACAUGGAGCUGCAUUUCGUGGAGAACGGCUGCCACGAUAACCCCACCCUGGACGUGGCCAUGGACGGCCAAUCCGAGAUGCAGGAGAAGAAACCGAGCCUUAACGGCGACACCUCUCACCGGGCGGACGGCUGGGAGACGCUAAUCAACAAGACGGACAAGGAGGAGUCCGACACUAUGGAGGAGGACACCCACCUGUAGCGACCGCCGGAGACAAAAUCCGAGGACACAACUGAAACUCUUAUUUAUUGAUUGUUUGCUCGG